AUGCUCACCAAACUAGCAGUGCUCCUCUUUGGGGGUCUUCUCCUCCUGCUCGUGCAACCUAUUUUCACUCAGAGUACGCCUGAUUACACCUGCUCGCCUACCAAGCCAUGCACGCUCGGCUGCUGGAUUUGUGGGAUGGGGCCAACCUUUUGUGCCGCGGGGAACUGCACGAGCGAGUGCAACGCCAAAUCUGAGUGUGAUCCGGGUUGGGGGCUUGAGUGGUCGCAAGCAACGAAUUGUCCGCUCAAUGUCUGCUGCUCCAAGUUCGGGUUUUGCGGGACCUCUGCGGACUUUUGUGAUGGCAAGACCGUUUCUUCGCCGGAGUGUCCGGGCGGGAAGAGCGCCGACGAGCGCACAAUUGGGUAUUAUGAAGGGUGGAACCUGGGAAGGUCGUGUGGACUCAAUCCGACGACGUUCCACAUAGAAGAUAUGGGUCCAGACACGGCGGCGCUGUACGACCGAGUGUCAGCUCUCAAGUCAAAGGAUCCUGAUCUCAAGGUUUGGAUCGCUGUUGGCGGAUGGGCCAUGAACGACCCGGGCCCGUACCGUACCACCUUCUCGGACUUGGCCAAGUCGACAGCUGCUCAAGACGCCUUCUUCGAGUCUCUCAUCACUUUUAUGAGGCGUCAUAACUUCGACGGCGUUGAUCUUGAUUGGGAGUAUCCCGUGGCUGAUGAUCGCGGUGGCAUCCCUGAGGAUUACGACAACUUUAUCACUCUGGUUCGGCGUUUGCGCGAGCGUCUGAAUCGGACGGGGCGUGAUUAUGGCAUCACCCUCACUUUGCCCGCCUCAUACUGGUAUCUCCGCGGCUUCAACCUACAAGACCUAGAGCCGUGGCUCGAUUGGUUCAAUGUCAUGACUUACGACAUCCACGGAACCUGGGAUAGCACCGUCAAAGCCAUCGGUCCCUACGCCUACGCCCACACCAACAUGACAGAGAUUCAGCAAGCACUCGAACUCCUCUGGCGUAACAACAUUAAUCCCGGUCGCGUCGUCCUCGGUCUAGGCUUCUAUGGCCGCAGUUUCACUAUGAAGUCGCCUGACUGCAUGCACUCAGGUUGUGAGUUCACUGAUGGUGCCCGUGGAGGCGAGUGCACUGGCACGCCAGGCGUGCUGUCUGCGGCCGAGAUCAACGCGAUCAUUGCCAAUGGCGCCACUGUCACGACGGAUGAAGUGGCUGGGGUUCAGAUUGUGACGUGGGAUAGCAACCAGUGGGUCAGUUACGAUGAUGCGGCAACACUCAAAACCAAGUUGGAUUAUGCAAAUUUGAGGUGUCUUGGAGGAACAAUGGUUUGGGCCAUUGACCUCGACGAUGGGACGUUAAUUAACGCGCUUGGAUCCGAUCUUUCGAGACCCAAGAACGAGUUAACGAAACGCCCCCCCAGUAUCCCCGAUUUUGAAACCGAGUGGGAUGAGCUUUAAGCGGUUGGGGUGGUUUGGGACGCAUGAGAUGUAUUUAAGAGGUGC